AUGCAAACAGCAUCGGAAUCGUGGGGUACAGAUAAGAAAGAGGGACGACCGCAUGUGGUCCGCAACUCUACGUCGCGACGUUCACUUGUCAGUGUAUUUUCAGGCAACUCUUCCCGUAAUGCAUCAUUUAAAGCAAUCAAGACACACAAAUCAACGCCAUCGCUCUCUCGAACGCUUUCAAUAGGUUCCAAGGCCCAUGUCACCAAGCUCUACAAUACCGGCGCCAUUACACCAUCGCCAUACUAUCUCGGCUCACAGCAGAUUGCUGUCCACGUUACCAGCAAUCAACAACGCUUCAGCGCCCAGCAACUGAAAAGCUAUGGAAGCGUAGAGACCUUGUCAGCCAAACGAUCCUCGACAAGCGGUGACUCUGAUAUGUAUCUCGAAUCAACACAACGCACACGUGAUCGCAAUACCUUCAAAGGCGUGUUUGAUAAGGUUGUUGGUGGUUUCAAUGAUCUGUUGUCAAAUCAAGGGACUCCGGUGAAUGGCACUGCACAAGCGGGAUCCAAGACCAUGGACAUCUCUUCCCCUUACAACACAAGGCAUGUUACCCAUGUUGGAUUCGAUGCACAUACAGGCGAAUUUACGGGCCUUCCUGGUGAAUGGCAUGUCCUGCUCAAACACAGCGGAAUUACCAAGAAGGAGCAAGAACAAAAUCCUCAGGCUGUGAUUGAUGCUAUUGAGUUUUAUCAAGAGACACAUGCAAGAGAUGAUGAUGCUGUAUGGCACAAGAUCCCCAAUGGCACCGUCACUUCUACGAGCGUAUCCAACGACGUAACAGCAUCCCUCAAAGAAGAGUCAAAUCAACAACAGCAACAACAACAACAACCCUCCACUCGAAAAACCGAUGGCUUUGCUAGCAUUGGUAAGUCUUGGAGACGUUUAUCCAAGAUUGCAACUGGGGAUUCCAAAAACAAGGAUGCUACAAAGAGCAUGGUGAUCAAAGAGGGGGAAGAGGAAGAGGCACCAUCAACGCAACGACCCUUAUCACAAUCGAAUGUACAGCCUGUGGAGACCUCUCCAAUGAAUGACAAGGAGACCAACAAUAAUAAUACGACGAGUGAGUCAUCACCAUCCACCACAACCACAACCACAACGUCAAAGGAGACGACAGCAGCAACAUCAUCGACAUCCUCACCAUCCGUGGGAGUGGUCAAGCGACGUGUUGGCAAGGAGAAGAAUCAAGGCGAUGAUGAGCUGAUGCGGAAUCUUAAAGAGCUCUGUAAGAAUGCAGAUCCUACCAAGAUAUAUUUGGAUAUGGUCAAGAUUGGACAAGGAGCGUCAGGAGGUGUUUACACUGCUCGCCAAUUGGAUAACCAGGAGUACCCGGUGGCGAUCAAGCAAAUGAAUUUGGAUCAACAACCCAAAAAAGAGCUGAUCAUGAAUGAAAUCAUGGUGAUGAAGCAAUCUCGACAUCCCAACAUUGUCAAUUUCAUCGAUUCUUAUCUCUGGAAAGGCGACCUAUGGGUGGUGAUGGAGUAUAUGGAAGGAGGAAGCUUAACGGAUGUUGUCACAUGCAACAUGAUGACCGAAGGCCAAAUCGCCGCUGUAUGUCGUGAAGUACUCAAGGGAUUACAACAUCUUCAUUUGAGUGGUGUCAUCCAUCGUGAUAUCAAGAGUGACAAUGUGCUCCUCAGCUCCGAAGGCGACAUUAAAUUGACCGAUUUCGGAUUUUGCGCUCAAUUGAAUGAAGGACAAUCCAAACGGACAACCAUGGUUGGAACGCCUUACUGGAUGGCUCCAGAAGUGGUCACCAGGAAAGAAUAUGGACCUCAAGUGGACAUUUGGUCACUAGGCAUUAUGGCCAUUGAAAUGAUCGAAGGAGAGCCACCUUAUCUUAACGAGAAUCCUCUGCGAGCGUUGUAUCUUAUUGCUACCAAUGGCACACCUCAAUUACAAAGCCCAGAGUCUUUAUCAGAUAUCUUCCGCGACUUUUUAUCAAGAUGUCUUGCAGUGGAUCCUGAGAAACGACCUUCUGCCGCCGUCAUGCUCGAACACGACUUUUUGAAGACUGCAGAUCCACUUUGUUCCUUAUCACCACUGAUUGAAGCCGCCAAAGAAAAUUCAAAUUGA